AUGAAAAAGUUGGAGGUUGGAUACCCGAGUGAUAUGUCAAGAAGAUGCAUACAAACUGUCCAGUUUCCUGAAUCUGCAGAACCUGACCUCAUCAACCAAAGUGAUCACCAGGUUAAUCUUCCGGAUUUUUUCUUGGCGGACCAAUUCACAAGCCAGGUGCAAGCACUGAGAAGUUUGGAGUUCUACAUUUGUUACUAUGGCUGGGGAGACUUCAGGCUCAGACAAAACACAUGCAGAUCAAGUCAUGUCUAUAGCACAUUCUACUUCAUCGUCGCUGUGAUUCCUUACUGGUCACGUUUCCUUCAGUGUGUUCGGAGAUUAGUCGAAGAGAAAGAUUCAACAGAAGGCUACAAUGCUCUCAAGUAUUUCUUGACCAUAGUUGCUGUGUGCUUGAGAACAGCUUAUAGCCUUAACAGAGGAAACUCCUGGAGAAACGCUGCUUGGUUUUUCUCUGCCUUGGCAACUUUAUACGGCACAUAUUGGGACAUUGUGUUUGACUGGGGAUUGCUUCACAGAUCAUCUAAAAGUUGGUUGAGAGAUAAGCUUCUUGUUCCUCACAAAUCCGUAUACUACGUUGCAAUGGUGGUAAACGUUGUGUUGAGGUUGGCAUGGUUGCAGACUGUUCUGGAUUUCAAUAUCCCAUUCUUGCAUCGAGAAAUAAUGGUUGCUCUUCUUGCUAUUCUCGAGAUCAUACGCCGUGGUAUCUGGAAUUUCUUCAGGUUAGAGAACGAGCAUUUGAACAAUGUGGGGAAGUUCAGAGCAUUCAAAUCAGUUCCUUUGCCAUUCAACUACGAUGAAGAAUGAGAGGCGAGAUAGUUAGUUCUUGGAUUGGUUCUCCUCAAGGUGUUACUAUUGGUAUUGUUAGGGGCUGCUUGUAAGGAUAUUAGAAUUAGAUGCUUAGUAUAGAACAAGCUUACCUAGGUUUUGUUGUGCUCUCUGCUUUGACAUUUGAGGAAACCAGAAGCAACAACAUUAUAAGAGACUGAGGUUAUCCAGAGGGCGAACCUAUCUUUAAAGUCUAUAAACCUUGCAUUGAUGAUUUCAUGGGAAGAUUUUUCUUUAUUUAAAGUAGAUGUUGAUUUUAUGUCUAAGAGCACAUAUAUAAAUGAGCUGGCCUAGACUUUGCAACAAGCAAUGACAACAACAUAACUUGUCAAAAAAAAAACGAAGCAUGAGCAUAUUGAUCUUGCAGCUGAAACCCAAAUAAUUUGACAAAAACAGAGCAACUAAAUCCAUAGUUUCACUCGAGUGUAGGACUAAGAAACCCAAGAUUUACCCGCUGUGGAUAUC